AUGAUAACACUUAAUAAAAACCGAGAUAUAACUCGAAACCUCUUCAAUAACUGGGACGAAACACCAAUAUGGAGUUGUUUGGAAGGGACAAUGGGACACAUCUGUGUUGACAAGAUCCCAAAUCCAAAAACGGCCAUUGCUGUUAUCAGUUGUCUUUCUUUUUUGGCGGGAGUUCCUAAUCUCGAGAUUUUGGAAAAACACAAAAAUGACGAAACGAGAAAGGAAGUGAUUUUAAUUCCACAAAACGAAGAGUGGGCGAAACUAGUCGAGAAAUGUUAUUCCAAAAAUGUUAUUCGUUACCAGCGAUUUGCAACACAUAAAGACACCCAAUUUGACAAAGACAAAUUACGAAAAAUAGUUUCAUCACUUUCACCCUCGUUUUGUCUUCGUCGAAUUGACGAAACGAUUUUUCAACAAUGUUUAUUUGAAAAAUGGAGUGAAGAUCUUGUUGGAAAUUUCAGCGAUUAUUCUGAAUUCAAAAGUCAUGGUGUUGGGUAUGUAAUCCUCAAGACUUCUCAUUCCACAAAUCUUGAACUGGCGGAACGAGAAGUUAUUAUUUCAGGUUGUUCAACCUUUACAUAUUACAACAAAGGAAUUGAAAUAGAAGUUGACACAAACAUCAAUUAUCGCCAGCAAGGUCUCGCAACUGUGUGUAGUGCAAGGACUAUUUUAGAGUGCUUAGACCUUGGGAUGUACCCUUCUUGGGACGCAGACAACGUGGUAUCGCUCAAAGUAGCUGAAAAACUUGGGUAUCACUUCUCCCAUCCAUACACUGCCUUUAAAUAUACCAUUCAGUAA